GUAAAAAUACUGUAGUAAUACACAGUGUGAUUUUGCAGUCGAGAUAAUCAGUACACCUUUACUGUUGAAUAUUAUACCUGUAUCAUAUUAAAUAUGAUGAAAAUCGAGAUUAUUAUUUUACUUAGUCUAGCAUCGUAUGCUUCGUGUGCCGGUGAUAAAUCAAAGGAAAAAGCGGAAAUAUUUAUUGAGAGGAUGGAUGAAGACUGGCAAUUGUUAAAUAACCUAUCAAUAAGACGAACACCUAAAAAAACGUUUAAUUUUGAAGAAAAAUCUAUGGCUGAAAUGAAACUUGAAGCUAAACUGGAGUUUGAAGCCAAACUGAAAGCUGAAGCCGAACAGAAAAUUGCUGAUGGACUGAAAACUGAAGCCGAGCCAAGUAACUUGCAAACAAUGGAGAAAACUGAUAAACAGCCAAGUGACUUGCAAAUAACGGAGAAAACUGAUGAACUGAAGAUUGCAGAAGAUGCGUUCCACGAUUGUAUACAAUGGGUCAUUCUGUACGCAAAUUGCCUGCCUUAUUGUAUGGUAACGUAUCAUUUUAUCAUGUACGUGGGUGAAACGGUCAAAAAUGAAGAAAUCGUGAAAAAGUACAUAUUUCAUAAUAGACACCUCCGGGCUAAAAGCGAGAAAAAAAAUUGUUGGAUAGAUUCACAAGCAUUUGCUGAGCUUUUCGUACACCAUUGCAAACAAUAUGAGUUAUCCAUUAAAGAUUGCUUUAUACAAAGGAGAGAUGCAGCACAAGUAGAGAUGGCAAAAGAGACUCCAUUAGACGCAUAUUAUAGGAAAAAUUUAAAACUAAUGCACAGGGACUACAAGUUCCCUUUUUAA